AUGGCUACUCCGGACGAUCCUGGGCGCGCAGGUAAAGUGACACCACGCCCUCGCCUGGAGCGGGCGACUGCGGAGCUGUGGGGCCCGAACCUCCUGGAAACCCGGGACGAGCUGGACCUGGCGCGAGGCUCACGGGGCUGGUGGGCGGCUGCUGGUCACCGUCCCCACCUCGCGCCCCCACCGCCCCUAGCCCUCGUCCCCUCACGCGCGCCCGAGACGCUCCUUCCCCCUUUCCACUCUGCGGCCACAGCCGCUUUUGUUCUGGUUCGAGGAUGCCAGGUUGAAACAAAUCAUGUGGCAAAGGAACCCGUGGAGGAUACAGACCCCAGCACUUUAUCCUUUAACAUGUCAGACAAAUAUCCCAUUCAAGAUACUGGACUCCCUAAAGCUGAGGAUUGUGAGACGCUUGUUUUGAACUCUCCACCAAAUUCUGAUGAGCAGCAUCAGGGAGAAGAAAAUGGCUUUCAGGACAGUACUGGAGAUCCCCUUUCAGAUUUAACCCAGGACACAUCCUGUAAAGAAAAUUGUAUGUGUUCCUCAUGCUCACUCCAGGCCCCCACCAUAAGUGACUUGCUCAAUGACCAGGAUGUGUUAGAUGUCAUCAGGAUAAAGCUGGAUCCAUGUCACCCGACAGUAAAGAACUGGAGGAAUUUUGCCAGCAAAUGGGGCAUGUCCUACGACGAACUGUGUUUCCUGGAGCAGAGGCCCCAGAGCCCCACCUUGGAGUUCUUGCUGCGGAACAGUCAGAGGACAGUAAAGCAGCUCAUGGACCUCUGCAGGCUCUACCAUCGGGCCGACGUGGAGAAGGUCCUGAGGAGGUGGGUGGACGAGGAAUGGCCCAAGAGAGGCCGCAGGGACCACCCCCAGCACUUUUAG